AUGCGUACCAUCCUCGCCUUCGUAACCACAUUGCUUCCUUUCGUCAAUGGCCACGGCUUUCUCAUCAACCCGACGCCAACGUUCAACGAGCUCAACGGCGACCGCACCAAAUACUGCGGCACGAUCGAUGGCCCCGUCGUGCUGCCCGGAAGCAGCUACAACCAAGACCCGGCGUGGAACACACGGCAGUUUACAAUGCAGUUUCGAGCAAGCAAGUUUCAGACGCUGGCAAGCUUUGUCGAUGACCCAAGCUUCGCGCCGUGUGGCACUUGCGGGAUCACGAAUGCCAACGGUGCGCCGCAGCCGCUUCCGAGCGUCCUCAAGUGGGCCAACGGCCAAGAGGGCUUUGUCGCGUCGCACGAAGGCCCUUGCGAAGUCUGGUGCGACAGUACGCGUGUCUUUCAGAACGACAACUGCGCCGCCAACCAUCUAAGUGGACUUCUCUCGAUCGACACGACUCGGUGCGCGGGCGCCAAGCAGCUUCGGCUGCUAUGGCUCGCGCUGCACACACCGUCGUGGCAAGUGUACAUCAACUGCGUGCCGCUCAGCGGCAGCACGAUCGAGAUUCCGCCAGCUUCGAGUCCGAGCAUGACGCCGACCUUGGCACCGACAUCGGCACCGAGCAACAAUGUGGUCCCAACGGGCGCGCCGACGCCUGCACCGAGCAAUGGCGUCGCACCGGGGCUCGUGGCGGGACCGUGGAAGCAGUGCGGCGGAUCGGGGUUUGCGAAAACGGUACCCUGUGUCUGCGGCUACGAGUGCACGGGCUACUCGUCGAGCUACGCGCAGUGCACAAAGCGUCGUCCAAGCGACAGCACGCGCGACACGUAUCAGCAAUGCGGCGGCAAAACCUACACGGGCAGCACCACGUGCUCACACUGCGACGUUUGUGUCAAGAUCAACGACUACUACUCGCAUUGCCUUCCGCCAAACUACUACUAG